AUGGUUACUCAUCUGGACUCGAAGGCACGGACAACAUGGCAAACAAGCGACCACAAUCCCAGAGACGCCAAGGGACCCGAAGCAGAAAAAACAACUCGGAAAAGGCGCUCUGGAAGUUUGGGCGGCAUGGGACUCGAUGACUCGACGACCCUCGCCACACGCAAAGCACACGACCACACUGGGAUUCCGAUGCAAAACACCACAACAAGAGCUGCCCAGCAAGGAUGGGGUUCCGCCAUCGUGCCGUCGCCGUCGCCGUCGCCGGCAUCACACACGCGCACACAUGUGACGAUGCACAACCGCCAGACAACGCCACACAGCAAGCCAAGAGACAAUUCCCCACUGCCACACGCAUCACCACCCACACGACCACAAUACAAAAAUGUUAACAAUUCAGCACCUGGCGCCGCUGCCGUUCACAACGCCCCGCAACGUGCAACCCAACGAGCACGCAACGCAGCGCUGCCCUUUCACACACACACACACACACACACACACACACGUUCCCUCUCUCUCUCUCUCUCUCUCUCUCUCUCUCUCUCUCUCUCUCUGGUUUUCUUACAGCAGUUGAGAAACCCAAAUGCCAUUCAAGUGUGA